CCCCUUCAUCAGGCAUGUGAAGUGUUCCCAUGCACCACCUCCUCUGAUCCUUUUCUAAAGACAUGCCACAUCAAACUGCAUGGUGUUGAGCAGGGGCGGACUGACAACUCAUGGGGCCCCCGGGCAAUAGGGGAUCAUGGGGCCCCUGUGUCCUUGCCCAAACUCAAAAAAGCCUAUGAAAAAGGUACCAGGGGCAUCUCAUGGGGCCCCCUACUGACCCCUGGCCCUCGGGCAGUGUCCGAGUUUCCAAAUGGUCAGUCCUUCCCUGGUGUUGAGGCACCA